AUGCACUUUCAUACGAAAGGAAGGUCUGGUCGUGUAGCUGAACUGGACAGACAUGUUUGGAGAAUGACUCGUGAAGACCCGUUUGCUCUCAGUCGCAUUAGUCUUGUCUCGUGUUGGCGUCUUGGUCGUGUCGUCGUUGAUGUCGAUGCUAUCGAAGAUGUCAAAGAUGUUGAUGAUGUACUCGAGCUUGACGAUUCUGACGAUGUUGACAAUGUCGACGAUGAAGAAGAUGUUGACAAUAUUGUAGGAUUUCGUCUGUCGUUGUGUCCAGUGAACCGGGCAGAUAUGCAACGAACAUUGCAGAAAGCGGACGACAGGAAGAGUCGACUAGAGACAAGACCUCUGCCUGGAAGUGUACGAUUGGGCGGCCGCAAGGGGAAAUGCGUAACAAGAAGACUCCAUUUCAGGUCCGUUUUGGGUUGCGUGGUAGGAGGGACUGGAAGAGUUGGCAGGCAGAUCAAGGAACAUCUUCUCCAUUCCACGUCUGAGGGAGCUGGUCGACCAAACCUCUCAGGGCACACCUUCAAAAUGGCUCAACUUCGGCCUCAUUUGUGGAGGCCCAAUGUUGUCUUGCCUUCCAGCCGCACCAGCUCAAGGCGUAACCUCGUCGGUUGUCGAGACGAGAUUCGUCCUGAAAGCCAUUCAUGCCGAACAACCACAUCGAUUGGUGCUGGAAUGCAACUUUGCGUGACAACAGCCAGCAGGACCAUCGAGACAUUCCACGCGCCUGAAUGCACUUUAACACAGGCAGUCAGUCCAUUCAACAAGUUUUCGGGCGGGGACAGUGACACUUGGCUACAGUUUGUUUAUUUUCACCCAACCAUGACGUGUGGCACCAUCAUGGGGGGUAGAAAUGUCAUAUUUGCCAUUGAUACUACUAUCGACAGCUCAGUAGUAAUGAGGACACUUUUAGGGGAGGACAUGAAAGAUGAUGCUUGUUCAACAACGAGCAAGAGAGAUUGUAAAAGAGCUGGCGAAGAGGAAGUAGCCCUCAAGGGAGUAGUUUGUCUUUCACAGGCAGUUGUGGUGAUGUCAAGAUCUUGUCUCAUUCUGUCCCACCGAAAGAUGGGUUCAGUUUACGAGUUGACUCGUUGCAUCAGUCACUCGCCACCCGCCUCGAUGGACUCGUCUUCGAGGCCUGAAUUGAGGCAGGGAGCUCGUGACCGACCACGGGACUAA